AUGUUCUCAGGUUAGCACCAAAAAAAUCCUUGCUCUAGAAGACGACUGUAAUGAGAAAAUUUGUUUAGCGAAGAAAUGAGUUGUUUGUAUAGUUGAAACCUUUACGCAAGGCUCUAAAACUGAUGUUUGAUUUAAAACACGUGUAACAGAGCAAGUCAGUCCAGAUUUGAGCCUAGUGAUUAUUAAUCCCUCUAUAAGAACAAGAACAGUUUGUUACACGUCUGGACAAUAGUACAGAAAACAGACAUUUUUAUCUGUGACAAAUCAAGAAGAAUGCUUUGGGUUCCAAAAAGGAGAUUUAUUAGAAGCUUACAGGACUUUCUUAACUCUGUUGACUUCCUAUUUGGCUAUGUCGUCUGCCCUUUGUAUAAUGCUGCAUGGAUUGUUGAAAGUUUUAUGAUACUGGUACUGUAUUCAGUUUUAAUGUUACUUGAUUUUAUUGCUGAACUCCUGUCUAUAAGUAGCACAAUGAAUCGAGUGCUCAGAGGGAUAGCCAUACUUCUGAUCCUAUUUUGCAUUCCACUACUUCUCUACAGUCUAGGAUUAAUUCUGUUUGGCACAUUAAGGGCUGUACUAUGUAUUUUAAUUGUAAUGUUUGGCUUCAUACCAGUGUUGUUCAGAUAUACAUACCCCCUGCAGAGAACAGUCAUAUUCCUUAAUUUUGUAAAAUGGCCUCACAUUGAAGACUUGCGUACCCCCGAUAAAUAUGGGCUGUCAGCAACUAGAAACUUCUAUAUUACAACUGAUGAAGGUGUCACCCUUGGAAUGUGGCAUAUAUUGCCAGCAUCAUUAAUGAAUGAUUCAAUAAAUGCUAAUGACUCAUUCUAUGAAGAAGCUCUGAGUCAUGGAGAGCCAGUGAUAGUGUACAUGCAUGGCAACUCAGGUUCCCGAGGCAGCCCACACCGUCUAGAGUUGUACACUCUACUUAGGAACAUGAAUUAUCAUGUUGUUGCUUUUGACUACAGGAGUUAUGGUGAUUCAAGUCCUGUUUCUCCUUCAGAAAUGGGUGUAGUGAGUGAUGGGAAAUAUGUGUUCAGCUGGGUUCAGGAAAGAGCAAAGGCAUCUCCACUGUAUGUGUGGGGUCAUUCUCUUGGCACAGGUGUGUCUUCACAUGCUUUGUCUUUGCUUGCCCAAGAAGGAAAGAAAGCAGAUGGAUUGAUUCUGGAAUCACCAUUUAACAAUCUUAGGGAUGAGCUUAAGGAACAUCCAUUUUCAAAGCUGUACAGACAGUUGCCAUGGUUUGAGUUCUUCUUUGUGGAUCCUGUUGGAGAAAACCAGCUAUUGUUUGAGACAGACAGACAUUUGGGAAGUAUCAAAUCACCAGUCCUGAUACUGCAUGCUGAGGAUGAUAUGGUUGUGCCGUUCCUGUUGGGGAAGAGGCUGUACAACACUGCCAUUCAGAUACGACCUAAAGAUGCUGGCCGUGUUGAAUUUGUUCCAUUUGACAAGAAUUAUAAAUAUGGACAUAAAUACAUCUACAAAUCACCUGACCUGCCGCAAAUUAUUUUAAGAUUUGUUAUGCAGAAAAAGCUGGAUUGAUCAGUGAUGAUUGAUAAUACAAAAUGAAUAUUUCAAGCGAUUUACCUUGUUUGUGUGUACAUUGUGAGAAUGAAGUAUUACAUCAUGCUGCUCUGGAUGUGAACAGUAACAGGCCCGUGACAUGAUGAUUUGAGCAGACUGCAGUACUGCCAUUGGCCAGGAUGGCAGGAAUUGGAAACAGUUUGAUGAAAUGUGGUGACAGAGUGCAGAGUAUUCCAAACACGUAAAAAUUUACUUCACUGUAUUAGUGUUAUGUAAAUCAUAUUCACUCUGGUGUUUGCUAUUGUUAUCAUUUUUUGUAUUUGAGAUCUAAAUUAUAACAUGUGUCCAGAUUUGAUGUGAUACUGUUGUAUCAUUCCUUGUAUAAAACUAAAGCCAAAGACUUCUCAUAUCCUUUUACUUGAGCUACAUAUCACCCCAGUGAAUAUUCUGAUCUGGAAACUGAGAGCAUGAUUCUUAUUUCAGGUUUAAUAUGAAUUUAAUUAAUUUUAAGUGAUACUGAUCAUUGUAGAUAUGGAUCUUAUAUUUUGGUGUCUUGUAAGUUGUAAGUUUUAAGUAUCUAGUGUUUCAGUUAAAAUGAUGUAUGGCAUGACUGUGAAACAGGUCACAGAAAUAAUUAUUUGGCAAAUUAUGUGUUAUUUGGUAUUUACAAAUGAAAAUUCCUUUUUCAUAGACAUAAAUUCUGUUCAGCACUAUUACAGGACACAAAAUUUGAGAUAAAUAAGAUUUAAUUUUUAGAUAAGAUGGCUGCAAGAUUGACUAAGAAGAGCUGCAUAUAUAAUUAAAUAUGCAAAGAAUGGAUGUAGAAAAAACUCAGGAGGUUAGGCAACUAUGGUAUUAAUAGGAAGAGAGAACAUAUGAAUCCAAAAUUUCUGAUUCACUGUGUACCAGCUGGAAGACAUGGGAGGAGGAUACAAGAAACACAAUAGGAAGGGGAAUGUGUUAAGUGAUGGAAGGAGAACAUUUGAAGGAAGAAGACUGAAAUGGUUGACAGUUACUAAAUAUGAGAAUAGGCAACUAUGAAAAUGAGAAAAUAAAUUACACAACAUUUUGACACCCUUCCUCAUGCCACUAUGAAGUUGUAAGGGAAUGUGAUGGUUCCAUGCAGAAAGUCUCAGGUUUGAGACCAACCAGAUCAAAGCCAUCUUUUGCUGCAAGCUGUGUUUCCUCAUCCAUAGCAAAGUAAGGAACAAACUGUGUGUGUUAGGAAUACCAGACCCCCAUCACAGCUGCAGAAAGUCUAAAAGGGGAAGAAGUAUGCUAUAAUAGAGAAAUAAAUAUCCUGGAACUGCGUUCUUUUUAAGAGCAAAUAGAUUUUUGGCAUAAAUAUAAUUGGAUUAGUGAUUUUUUUACUCUUUUAGUUCUAGCCUUCUUUAUUUUACAGAAUAGAACCAUAUAAUCUAUUAACUGUAUUUUUAAGUUUUAUUUUAUUGAAAUUAAGUGUAGUGAUAUAUAUGUGCAUUUUGUUUUCUACAUCACAAAAUUGAGAACAACAUAACAGAAAUUUUUCUAACUCUUUAGGCUUGUGACCACUAUAAUAUUGUGAUACUUAUGCUGAGAAUGUUUCUGACAUGAAAAUAACUUAUGGAGAUGUUUUUCUUUUCCUUAGUUUUGACCAAAUAUGAAACUUUUUUAAGAAGUAUGCUACUUUGUCUUUCAUUCUGAUUCUGAAAAAUUAUACAAUGUGUACCUGAUAUUUAUGUUUUGAUAUCUGCAUAAUUAAGGAUGUAAUGUUUUUGAAUUUUUGUAAUGUGGUUAGAAGAAAUGGUGAAACAUCUGUAGUACUGUUUUCAAGAGGCCAAGAAAAUAAUUUUUUUAAAAAAAAUUGGUAGUAAAGUGUAAUAUCCUUCUGGUAAAAAUAUCAGAGCCAAUGUUAUUGAGACAGUGAAAUACUUGUGUGGUAAACACAAGUUUCUGAGUAAUUUCUAUUUUUUUGCAUACAUUGUGUCACAGAGUUGUGACUUCUGUAUCAUUACACAAUUCUGCGAAGUUUGAUUUUUGUAGAUAUUUUAUAAUGAUAACAGACUCUUUUCAAAAUAUCUUUUACUGAAUAGAUUAGUGUUGCUAUAAUGCUUCAGACCUGUAUUCUAGAAAUACUCGGUUUGAAUUGUCCCCAUGUUACUGGCUAUUCUUACUGAUGAACCGUUACCGCUUAGUCUUUCAAGGUAAAUACCAUGAGGCUACGGGGAGGAUAUUUGUUAGUUUUGACAGUCAUGCUCAUUCUGCUGUAUGCAAUGACUGUUGAUUGCUGUGAGUCACUCGUAUGUGAUAUUUACAUGUGGCUAAGUGUUCUAAAAGAUUUUCUGUGUGUUGGGUGUGGAUAAGUUUACACUACAGUGUUGUGUGAAAGGAUUGCAAGAGCUGCAAAACUACUGAAAUUGCAGCCAUACAAACCAUGUGUUCCAGUAGUAUCUGGUAUCUUAUGAUCCCAAGUAGAGUUUCUUAUGUGAGGUUUGAUUUUAUUUGAACAUACAAAAUAAUAUUCUGGGGCAUAGGCUGUUUGUCUUACAACAAAGUUAUGUUAAUAUUGGAUAUUAACAUUUUGGUAUCCUAUCAACAUACCAGUUAACUUUAUUAAUAAGAUUCUGAAUAGUUCCUUUGAUAACUCAAACCCUAGGAAACUUCUUCCUGAGUUAUCCCUGGUUUUUCCUAGCAGACUAACACUUUGUGUAAGUUUUGUAUAAAAGCACACAAAGCUGUAGAGGUAACUUAUCCAUGUCAAUCAAAAAGGCAUCUUCCACAACACUGAGUAAUGUGAAUAUCACAAGGGAGUAUAUUAUCAUUUCCUGUUAUCACUCGUGCUGAGUUGCAGCAACCAGCGCGUUGUUCACAUGUGGUGGAAAGGGUGUGCUGUGUUCACAGCUGCCUAGUGGCCUAAGUGUAUUAACCUCUGUUGUUGAAACAGAAUGUUUAAAUGAUUAAAAAUUACUGUCAUGAAAGAUCUUUGAAAACGUGAUUGUUAAGCAGGAAUAAAAGUAAACUCUCUGCAAGUACAGACAAAAUGAAGAAGUAUGUGAAUGAAAUGAUGGUUAUCAAAAGUGAGAUUUUAAAACUGGGAAACAUUCAGCAGUUGUACUAAAGAAGUUUCACUGUUUUGAGGAAUAUUGUGUUAUGAUCCUAGUUUGUUUAAGAGUUGUACCAUUUCUAGUCCUGACAUUUAGGUCCAUAUUAGGACCAGUGUUUUAGUACUGCUUUUGUUUACAUUUAAGUAUAUAUUUGUAGCCAACCCUUGUGAUCACUCAUCUAAGGAUUCCUACCAAAUAUCUAAGUAGAUCAAGUAACCUCCCAUGUGUGAGAAGGCCAAGGUAUGUCAGAGACUGUAGAGCCACAGAUGAUGAUAAUUUGUAGCCAAGAUAUGAUUCCUAGUUUGUAGUUAGUAGAAUUGAUUGAUAAUGUUAUAAUGGUAAGAAUGUUGUCUCUUCUUUUUGCUAUUCUUGCAUCAGACAUAUAGAGUUGGCACAGUUCUUGUCCUUCCACAAGCAUACAUAUACAUUAUUUACUGUUUAAGCGUUAAUUAGCCAAUAUUUUGCGGGAUUUCAAGACAGUUUCUUCGUCUUUCUCCUCUUCCCCUGAACAGAUUUACCUGUAUUCAAGUGGCACCAAGGUUGAAUUUUGGCUGGGUAAUUAUUUGUCCUGACAGGUUUUUUCUGUGGUUUCCCUCGUCCUUCCAAAUUUUAUACUUCUUGUCACAUUUGACACUAAAUAUACAUUCUCUCUGAUUCUUUGAGCUUGAUUUGUUUAGGGUUUUUAAGGCCUUAUUUACAUUUAUUGCAUAGAGAUUCAAUUUUUUUGUGUAUUGUGUAUGGAGCCAUAUUCUGUAAUUUGUAAAACUACUGGUGUGUCAUAUGAAUUAAUAAUGAAAUAUCCAUAAUUUCUUGAAACAUUUAUUUGUGUAAACAUAUGUAAUCAGUUAAACAACAGGUCAUGCUGACACAUGGUCACUGUAAUUUUAGCUCUCUUGGGGUUUUAAAUAGAGCUGUUAAUCAGUUAAAAUGUUUAAGUGAUUAAUCAGGAAAAUACUUGGUUAAUAUAAAUGACAUGAAAAAUGCCAACUAAUUUAUUUGGAAGUAAGUAAUGGACAUAUGAUAUAAAGUCUGAACUUGGACAAAAUUUGUUCAGCAUGUUUUCAAAAUAGAUGAGAGAGACAAGUGAAUGGUUUCUUGCAUCAACAUAAGUUAUAAGAUUUUAAAAUACAGAAUUUUAAUAAAUUACGUAGCCAUGGCCACACCACAAGAUUGAGGUAAAAUGCAGUGUUACCAGUUAUGGGACCAGGGCAAUGAGGCCCACACUCUUCUUUCAACAAAUGACAAUUGUCCUACAUUGCCUAGUUUGUUGCAUUAGUAGUAAAUAAAAGGAUGAAAGAAAAUUAAAAACUGAAAAAAGCAGUUUAUUAUUAUUUAUUUAAGUUCUGUACAUUAUUUUAAUGCUGAUGUACCUUUGAUGGUGUUGUCUGGUAACAGUGGGGAAUCAGCCCAAGAUUCAGUUUUGUGACCAUGGCUUCAGUAGAUUUAUGUCAUGAAUAAACAAUACAGCAAAUUUUUGUGAUAUCUGAGGCCAACAUUUUGCUUUUGGAAUUUCAGAAAUAAGUGGAAUAAUAUAAUGUCUACUAAAUAAUUAGCAGAAACAAAUUUUGAUUAUAAAAUUAAUUGAUCUUGACAGCUCUAGUUUCAAAUACUGAAGAUGCGGCACUGAUCAAAUUAAAGGCAUUUUUCUAGAAUUCCGGGUAGCAGCGCUGCUGUAAUCACAUACAAUGCCAGAAAUAAUUAUAGUAUGGGCAGUUGGUACCCAGAACACAUUACUUUUUAGUAAUGAUUUGUAUGAGUCAUUGAAGCAUUUGAUAACCAUUAAGUGCAAUAAUAUCAUUAAAUAUCUCUUGUGAACGGUGCUGUUUGAACAACUGGUUCGUCCCAAAUCUUGGUCCGUUAUGUUAGGAUUUGUGUAAAUGUAGAGUAAAAUGAUGAAAUAAAAACUGAUAAUUUA